GGGAGGGGUGGAGGGAAGGAAUGGAAAGGGAAGGUAAUGUCAGCUGAGAUCAGAAAGUAAACAGAGGUCCAGGCUGCAGCAUGCUGUCUGCGGGACGGGGAGCACAUCUGGGGAAAACCUAUGGGGGCAUCCGUGCAAUUCCAGCGAGCAGCACCUUUAUCUCAGGGAAAGAGGGCUGGCUCCUCUCACUCUCCCUCUUUAUUUUUAUCUCUUUGCCCUUGGGUGCAGCCUGGCCUCAUGAUUACAGGUACCUGUAUAACCACUGUCCAGGUCCGGAGUGGAGCGUUAUGUGCAGAGGCUGCUGUGAGUACGACGUGAUCCGCUGUAAAUGUCCUCUCCAGGGGACCAAAGUGGGCUAUGCUGUACCCUGCUGCCGCAACGCCAUCAAUGAGUGCGACCCCUGCAUCAUCCAUCCAGGUUGCAGUAUUUUUGAGAACUGCAAGCGCUGUAAUAAUGGGACAUGGGGACCCCAGGAUGAUUUCUUUAUUAAUGGAAAAUACUGUGCUGAGUGUCGUCCCGGCUGGUCUGGUGGAGACUGCAUGAAAUGUGGUGGGGUGAUCCGUAAACAACAGGGCCACUUGGUUCUUGAGAGCUACCCCAACAAUGCCAGGUGUGAGUGGACCAUACAGGUGGACCGAACAUUUACUAUUGAACUCAGGUUUAUGAUGCUAAGUCUGGAAUUUCAUCCUUCCUGUCGCUAUGACUACGUCGAAGUCCGAGAUGGAGACAGCAUCAACUCUCGUGUGAUUGGUCGAUUCUGUGGGAACAACCGACCCGCUGCACUUCAGAGCUCUAGCAACAGUUUGCACAUUUUGUUUGUGUCUGAUGGUUACAAGAACUUUGAUGGAUUUUUUGCCACUUUCCAGGAAAACUCAGCGUGCAGUUCCUCCCCAUGUCUGCAUGAUGGGACCUGUAUCCUGGACAGUUCUUACUCUUAUCACUGUGCCUGUCUGGCUGGUUACACGGGCAAGAGAUGUGAAAAUGUGCUGGGAUGCCGCAGGCCUCCAGUGCCCACACAUGGUUCUACAGAGGGUCUGUUUCAUCACUCCGGUGCCCGCAUCAAGUACCGUUGCGACCCAGGGUUUGAGCUGCAGGGGUUUCGUACUGCCAUCUGCCUGAGUGACGGCACCUGGAGUGCUCCUGCCCCAGAGUGUGUGCCAGUGGAAAGAGUUUGUACUCUGCCAUCCAAACCAAGAAACGGUGACCACUUUUUAGUUUAUGGACCCAACGAUGUUCUCAUUGCUCUUCAGUAUUUGUGCCACCAGCCCUAUGAACUCAUUGGCGGCUCCCAGAGAACCUGCCUUCCUAACAAUACCUGGAGCGGGACRCCUCCUGUUUGCGCUAAAGUAAACAACACACUAAMCAAAGCUGAAAAAAAGAGAGAGAAGGGCAAAAACACAGAUACUGACAAAGAGUUCACCAAAGCUCAAGGGAGACAGCAAAAUACAACAGAAAUAGAAAAUGUUGGUGGGAAAGAUGUCAACUCUGGUCUGGAGAGCACAACACCAGUCUACGUGGAAGACAAAUAUACCACUCCAGAAAAUGCUGUGGAUAAAGGCAGGGAUGGAGGAGACUUAGAGGAGAAAAGUACAGGGUCAAAAGAGCCAAGAGAGGACAGAAAAAAUGAAGUGGAUCCAGACCAUAAUCUGAACACAGUUGAAGAGAAAGAACCAGAAGCAACAAAGCCACCCGAGGAAAAAGGCGGCAGCUCAGACUCUAACUUGGAGAAAGGGACGACAAACACCACAGUGACAGUGGUGAGAAAAGACAAAGGACAGGAGGACAAGGAGAGAAAAGAGGAGCAGAUCAAUGGGAAAAGGGAUCCAGACAAGUUUGGUCCAAAUGAAACCAAGCUGAAGACAGCCGUACCUGACGGUGGCAACACUGUGGAAAUAGUUGAACUGGAUAUGACAAAGAACAACACAGUUACACAGGAUUCAAAGGAUACAAACAAAGAGAAUAAUACCAUUGAAUCUCCAACUUCAGGGAGAAAAGUCUUUCCCACUCGAGUUAAUGUGACACAGUACACCUUGUAUCGAGCAGAGGAGGAAACUGGGAAAUCAAAGGAAAAGACAUUUAUUAAAAAGUUCGAAACUGGUGGAGAAUCCUGGGAAAAAACAACAGAGAUGGAAACAAAGAAGGAAGAAAAAGAAAAAGAAAAGGAGAGAGAAAUUAAUCAAAGUUUCAUUGAAAGGCAGUGUCCUCCUCUGCCUCGGCUGUUCAAUGGCUACCAGCAGGUGGUGCCAGGGAUGGAGUCAGAAACAGUGGAGUUCAUGUGCAACCACUCUUACGCUCUGAGUGGUGAGAAGAGGCGUACCUGUCAGCCAGGUGGGACAUGGAGUGGCAAACAACCCAUCUGUGUCAGAGCAUGUCGAGAGCCAAAAGUAUCAGAGCUGGUGAAACAUAAAGUCCUGCCUCCACGGGCACCAUCCAGGAAGACGCCUUUGCACAAACUCUUCUCUUCUACAACUGGCCAGCAGCUUUGGUCUUCUGGUCCCACUAGAACCCCCCCAGAGCUUCCCGAAUUGCCCCAGGGUUUCCACCAUCUUUACACACAUAUAGAGUAUGAGUGUGCGUCUCAGUUUUACCACCACUUUGGCAGUCCUCGGCGCACUUGCUUGCAGACGGGGAAAUGGAGUGGGCGCCAUGUCUCCUGUACACCAGUGUGUGGGAAGCAUCUAACCUUUGACCCAGAGAGGCCGGACGAGACUCACUGGCCCUGGCUGGCAGCCAUCUACCGCCUCACCAGCAAGGGCACGGAUAUGAAGGUGGCCAAGGCAAACGGCCAGGUAGGGUCUGUGAAGAAGAACGGAAGACCCAGAAGUGACAUCCUAAAUCAGGCUUCUGACUGGCAGCUGGUCUGCAGUGGGGCUCUGGUUAACCAAAGAAGUGUGGUGGUUGCGGCUCACUGUGUAACAGAACUGGGCAAGGUGUAUCCUGUGGAUACAGCCACAAUAAAGGUGGUGGUUGGGAAGCAGUAUCGCGAUGACAGCAAAGAAAGUAAAGGUCUUCAGCACUUGAGGGCGUUGUCCAUUGCUGUGCAUCCAAACUACGACCCUAAUAUUCUCGACUCGGACAUUGCGGUGAUCAAGCUGUUUGACAAGGCAAGGGUUGGAGAAAAAGUCCUGCCGCUCUGUUUGCCAGAGGGCCAAGAAGAACAGGAGACAUCUGGUCACGGACUUGUGACCGGCUGGUCUCCACUUCCUGAUUUCAGUUUAGGUCCUGAGGAGAAAGCAAGGGUUGGGCURGUUCACCUUGCUGAUAUCGUCCCGUGUGAGCAGCAAUACGCUCGUAAUGGUGUGUCAAUCAGUGUUACAGACAAUAUGCUUUGCGCCAGCCAAAAGCCUGACUACAAACCGUCCAACAUUUGUCCCUCUGACACUGGGGGAAUCCUUGUCCUCCCCGCCCUCUCUGAGAAUCAGGCCAACUCUAACUCAAAGCCCUCUCAGAUUCACGGAAACGACAAAGGAUUGUGGCGACUCCUGGGUUUAGUGAGCUUUGGCUACGACCAAGGGGAGUGUGAUCCUGAACUCUACACCGUUUACACACAUGUUGCUAACUUCAAAGACUGGAUUCAGACUAAUAUGAAAUAAAAACACGCCAGUCUUUCUUUGUGCUUUUUCAGAGCAUUUAUUCUAUCCAUUAUCUGAUGUAGAAGGGCAUUUUCCGACUGAACGCAGGCGCAACACUGGACAAUAAAAUGCUGAAACUGAAGGGGGCGUUAGUACAUUAGAUGAGCAGAAUCCACCUUUUAUCUGAAAAUUCAGUUUUUCUGCCUCAGUGAGAGGUUAAAGACUUGAAAAUGAUCAUAAAACCUUUCAGCUGAGCUUUAUCUUUUGGAUUGUAUUUAGUGUUUGUUUCAAUGCUCGGAAUUAUAUGAAUUGAUACAAUGCAAAAGAUGUACAUAGUGUAUCAAAAGACAUAAAAUAUGACAUUUUUAUUAAAGGAAACUUUGGAGUGUUAAAGUUUACCUGCAAUUUUUCUUCCUCAAAUUAUAAUACUAAUUAUACAAACAUGUCCAAAUAUGUUUCACUAAAUAUGUGACAAAUUUAA